CAGCAUAGAGACUUUGUACACUGCGCUAGGAAGGUUGUACAUUACCGGACAACUGCUUAAAUAAAGCCGCAGUGCCAAACUCCAAACUUCCGUGAACUUCUAUCCGAAAUCUCUCUCUGCCAACUGCCUUUUCUCACAAACUCAAGAUUUCAUUUAUCAUCCAAAACAUCCAAACUUGGCGCAUUUACAUAACAAAUUUCACAUAUACACACCAAAUUUAAGGAAAGUACAGAAACAUCAUACGCCAAUAUAGAUACAUAUUUAGUAGUAUUACUAUAUUACUUGUUGCGAAAGUUUCUCUUGUUGUUGGAAAACUGAUGGGAUCCAUGUCUACUGGCGUAGGCGCUGCCAUCGCGCCUGCCGCCACCACCGCGGCGCUGAAACCGCGGCCUCCCGGCGCGGAGGCGGACGGCGGCGAUCACACAAUGAAGAAGAACCUCCCCUGCCCGAAUUCCGGGAACGCCUUCUCGAAGCUUCCUUCCAUGGGAUUGGAGAUCAAUUCCAAACCCAAAAUACUCACCGGUGAUUUCGGUUAUACCCUCGAAGACGUCCCUCAUCUCUCCGACUUCAUUCCUCAUCUUCCCACUUAUCCUAAUCCGUUACAAGACAAUCCGGCAUAUUCUGCGGUUAGGCAGUUUUUUGUCGACUACGAUGACACCGUUGCAGAAAUGGUUGUCGUUCAUAAGGAUACCGUACGAGGCAUUCAUUUUAGACGUGCAGGUCCUCGCCAAAGAGUCUUUUUCGAAUCUGAUGAUGUGCAAGCGUGCAUAGUUACGUGUGGAGGUCUGUGCCCUGGUCUCAACACGGUGAUCAGGGAAAUAGUAUGCGGUUUGAAUUAUAUGUAUGGUGUAAAGAGAGUUCUUGGAAUAGAUGGUGGUUACCGCGGUUUUUACUCUAAAAACACGGUAUCUCUGACGCCAAAAUCUGUCAACGACAUCCACAAACGCGGGGGAACUGUGCUAGGGACAUCUAGAGGCGGUUAUGAUACUAAAAAGAUCGUUGACAGCAUUCAGGACCGUGGAAUCAACCAGGUGUACAUAAUAGGUGGAGAUGGAACGCAGAAAGGAGCAGCAGUGAUAUUCGAGGAGAUCAGAAAAAGAGGGCUCAAAGUAGCCGUAGCCGGCAUUCCCAAGACUAUCGACAAUGACAUUCCGGUAAUCGACAGAUCCUUUGGCUUCGACUCUGCUGUCGAGGAAGCUGAGCGCGCCAUCACUGCAGCGCACGUUGAGGCAACAAGCUUUGAAAACGGCAUUGGCCUUGUGAAGCUCAUGGGGAGAUAUAGCGGAUUCAUCGCAAUGUAUGCUACGCUUGCUAGUCGAGACGUAGACUGCUGCCUCAUCCCAGAGUCGCCUUUCGUUCUAGAAGGGCCGGGAGGGCUGUUUGAGUAUAUUGAGAAGCGACUAAAAGAACACGGGCACAUGGUUAUUGUGAUCGCAGAAGGGGCCGGGCAGGAGCUGGUCUCGGAGAGUUUGAGAGCGUCGACAGCUCAACAAGAUGCUUCUGGAAACAAGCUUCUACAAGAUGUUGGGCUAUGGAUAUCACAGAGGAUCAAGGAUCACUUCUCUAAGCAAAGAAAGAUGACCAUCAAUCUCAAAUAUAUAGAUCCGACAUACAUGAUCCGCGCCAUCCCUAGCAACGCAUCAGACAACGUGUACUGCACGCUUCUAGCGCAGAGUGCAGUUCAUGGAGCGAUGGCGGGAUACACGGGAUUCACAGUAGGGCCGGUGAACGGGAGACAUGCUUAUAUACCCUUUGAUAGGAUCAACGAGAAACAGAACAAGGUGGUGAUCACGGACAGAAUGUGGGCGCGGCUCCUCUCGUCCACCAAUCAGCCCAGUUUCUUGAGCUCGAACCAAACCGUACCGCCACACCAGACCACGUCCUAGAGCCUAUAGACUUUAUAUGUUACUGUAUUUGGAAACGAAAGCGAAAAGCGAUGUCCUUGCUUCUGCAUAAAUAAGUGCCACUCAGAUUGUAACUAAAUAAACUGAUUCUCAUGGUACAACAAAUGGCGUCCACUUAGAAUUGGGUUUAA